AUGGGAGAUGUUUUGAUGGUUAUUGGGCUAAUAUUGACUUCUCUAUUGACGUACCAUUGGUCAUACGGUAGGUUAUGGUUCCUAGUGGAUUCUCUAUUCGAAGCUAUUGUAGCUCCUGCUAGCACUGGUACUAUGGAGAAGAUUCCUCAAUUAGAGAUUGAUGAUAACCACUUUCUCUAUAAAUUGUAUGCUAAUUACUCUGUCUCCUCAACCAAGAUUUUGAAAGCGAUGAGAAUCAUCUUUUCAAUGGCUAUGGUCAGUUAUGUGGUAACCAUUGAGAUUGUAUUAUGGCAAAUUAAGAGUGCAGAUGCGAAGCAGCAGGCGAAUUUUAUUUCUACAUGGAUUUGGCCCCUUGUUUCAUUGGUUUUAUCUGUUUUACUGAUUCUAGUUCAGCCUUUCUUUGCACUUAUGAUGUUUUUAAACAAGUUCUUUGAUGAUAAAAUGGAUAUGGAUGGUCUCAUUAUUGUUACCAGUGGAGUUCUACUUGUUAUAAUGACGGCAUUAAAUUUUACCACGAUUGGUCCCUUCAAAUAUACGGAAAACAUUUUGACCAAAUUGUCCAUUGUGGGAAUUACGGUAAUGGCCAUGUUAUCAGCAGUUGCAUCAGUAUCUACCUUGUACUACACCUAUACUACACUGAGAAGUAGAAUAAAAUAUUCUAGCGCCGAUCAUUCACAAAAGGUUUUCGAUGAUAACAGUACUGGGACUCUUCUUUGGUAUGCCGAUGAUAUGGUAAUUAAAAAAAUAGAAGAGUACCAAAAACACAUGGAUGAAAGUAUUAAAAUAUUGACUAGACUUGACAAGGAACAUGGCGGUAAAGAAUCACCAAUGAGAGUGCAGUUAAUAGAUAAAAUUGGUUGGUACCAAUUAGAAUUGGGACAGUUAGAAGGCAGGCUGCGCGAACCAAAGAUGAUGCAAACCACCAAAAAGGCAUUCCAACUUUCCUUUCUGUUGUAUUGUUUUCAAAAAAUUGUUAUGACAUUUACUAAGAGAAUUCCAUUGAUUAUAACAGAUUUUAUGAGAGGCCGCCAAUACAGUCAAUUGGAGGAAAACAGUUUAGGGGCUGAUCCUUUGGCCAUUACAAUUGCCAAUAUAUUAGACAUAAUAUUUUUCCGCUUCAAUUAUCAGCACGAUUUGGAUGCAUUGACGAGACAGAUUUCAUUAAUUAUUUCCACCUCACUCUUUGUAUGCUCUUUCUCUACUGUGGCUACUACGAUUUCAUAUAUGAUAGCGCUGUUACCGACAAGGUUCCGCAUUUUAGCAAUGUAUGCUAUUCACAGUGGUGAAAGUCCAAGCGAAUUACCUCAAUUUAAGAAAGGCGUGAAAGAGUCUCAUUACUGCAAAACACCGUCCAUCAUUAAAAACUUAUUUGUAUCUGAAUUAAGUGGUGUCUAUGUUGUAGCCACCAUUCUGACUAUUCGCUCAAAUCUGCCUUUUGAUGUCUCUCAGAAGGUCAAUGAACUCCUAGGUGAGCGAUUCACCGUUCCCAACGUGGUCAUUGACUCAUGGUUUGAAAUGAUAUAUGCCCUUUUUUGCAUUUUCACCAUUAUUGGUAUUAAAGCCGUCGAAUGGACACUUUUGGAGUAG